AUGCACUUGAAGUUGCUUGUUUUUCACGGCGAAAUCGAUGGUUGCUUUAAUGCUGACUGUUAUCACGAUGGUACUCGCACGAGAGUUAAUCUCUUCCAUAUUGAUUGUGGAGUUGUUGGUAGCGGGUUUGACUGUUGUACCAAGGAAACUGUUUUGCUAAAUGCUGGGCCGUCAUCUGCAGCUGCUGAUACUUGCGAACGAGCUGAUACUUUUAAUCUCGAUCAGCUUGAAAGUAUGGCAUUUUUCCACAAACUUUGA